UGCAUCGCAACUGAAAGAUUUAGAUAUUUCGAUUUCGAUAGGAACGAACAUAAGAAUUAACAUGGCGUCAAGAAGAUUAUAUUACUCAACAAAGGUGCAUCAGUAUAUGGCAAACGUAAAUUUUUUCUAUAAUUAAAAAUAAUUGUAAUCGAUCGAUUGUUUUACCAUGCAGUAACUUUGAAAUAUGUCAAGAAGAUGUCACCGGACAGUGGUUAAGAUCCUUUUAUUGAAAAAAUCGUAAUAAAAGUUCGAUAAGAAAAAUGUCGAGGAAGAAUAGAAAACGAAAGGAAGGGGGAAACCCUUUGGAAAUUACUUGGGAGGAAGGAAGUUAUUUUCCUAACAAAUUAAAAGAAGAAAUGAAAACAAUGUGGGAGAUACCGCAGAUUUAUCAAUUUCUUCAUUUAACCAAAGAUAUUUUAAACUUACCGAAUAUAACAAUUUAUGAAAUGGAAAGGAUGCUCAUCAUACCAAAAGCUUCUAAACAAUUAGCAAAUAUUAUGACAUGUUUAUUAAACUAUUCAAAAGGAAACAAGAUAAAUAAAAUAUUACCAAUGCCCUAUGAAUUUUGGACGAAUAUUUUAAGGCAUAAGUUUAAUAAUUGGUUUAAACAUUAUCAGAUAAAACACAUGAAUGUCAUCAAAGUUCUAGAAAUGAUUGGCGUUGAACCAGAAUUCUGGAAUGUUUUUCCUGAUCCAUCUUUAUUCGUUAAUAAAGAUUUUGAAGAUUUGACUUUUAAACAACGAGUAUGGCUUUUAAAAACUCUUUGCGAUUGUCUCGUGCAUUCGAAGAAAACAAUUCAAGAAAAAAUUUCUAAUAAUCCGUUGGAAGAACAAGAAGAAAUAAUUUUAGGAACCGAUAGUCAUGGGGCUACAUAUAUUUAUUUUCCACAAUUCAUCAAUACCGAAUUGAGAAUAUAUAGGCAUUGCAUGAAUAAUAACAUUCUUUCAACCGCUAAACCUGUAAUAGCAGAGACAACUGCAAAAUCUGAAACAACAGAUAAGAUUAAUAAUUCGUCAUCACCCGAUGAAAAAGUAAAGAAAAUUAGAAAGAGAAAAAAAAAUCACAGAUGGCAGAAUGGAUAUUGUCAAAGAACGAGAAAAGAUAAAUCAGCUAAAUCUAUGGGAAAGAAGGUGGAUAAAAAAUUGUAUAUUUGCAAUUGUAGUAAUAGUGCCAUAAAUAGAUCUAUCAGUGAAGAUUUAAAUUUAAGUUUUACUAGCUCGACUAGUAAUGAUAAUGAUAAUGAUAAUGAUAAUGAUGAUGAUGAGGAUAAUGAUAAUGAUAAUGACAAUGGUGAUAAUAAUGAUAAUGAUAAUGACAAUGGUGAUAAUAAUAAUGUAAGUAUAAAUAAUGUUGACGAAAAAACAGUGAGAAGUUUAUCUAAAAUGUCUGAUGAAAAAAGUACAAUGUCAACCAAUAAUACAAGUGGAUACGAAACAAAUGCAUCAUCAAAUAAUGAAGCUAUUAAAGAAAGUACUUUUAAAGGAUUUUCUAUUCCUGCCGGUGAGAAAGAUGACAUUGUAAUAAUUAAUCAAUUAUUAAAUAAAUUAAAAACAGAAAUAGAUAAUAAUAUUGUUAAUUCUAAUGUAAAGAUAAACAAUACGACUGAUUUAAUAAAUGACGCUGAAAGUUCUAAUUUAAUACGGCAUGAAAAUAAUGUAGAAUCAAUUUUAAACGAUAGUAGUGAUUCGAACAGAUAUAAUUUAGAUAAUUCAUCUAAUAAUUCGAAAACUGAUGAUGAAAAAUUAAACGAGAUAAUAGUAACCGCAAAUACAACAUUAACGGAUAAAACAAUUGCAAAUAAUUGCGAAGACGUCACAGAUUUAGAUUCAACUUUUACUUCCAAGUCGGAUGAUGAGAAAUUAAAUGAAACCGAAACUUCGAUAACUGAUACAAUAAAUAAUAUUUCUAACGAUGUACCUGAUACUUCUUAUAAAUGCAACAAUAGAAAAAGAAAAAGAUCGAAUAAUAGAGAAAUAAAGAUUGCUAACAAAAAAUUAAAUGUCAUCGACAAUGAAUCCGUUCUCGAAGCAGACGAAAUGCAGAAUUGCAAUGAUACGAGUUUUGAAUUGAAUACAGAUUUCAAAAUGGAAUAUACAUUAUUUGACAAUGAUUCUAAUAACGAAUCACAAAUUACAGAUAUAGAUUUAGAAGACAACAAAACAAAAGAAAUAAAAAAUAAUCAUGAGAUGAAGAAUAAUAAUGCUUCUUUUAGAGUAAUGCUCAGUGAACUUGGUGUAUCCAAUUUUUUACUUGUAGCUGAUAGCGUUGAUACACUGAAAAAACUUAUUUCAAGUUUUCCAUCUAAUACAACGGAAUCAUCGUCACCUUCGUGCGAAGAAUUAUUAGUAAAUAAAUUGAAGGACCUAUUAAAAUCUGUUGAAAAAGUUGAAGCAGUUUUAAAAGAUACGACAAAGAAAGCUAAAGCAAAGUUAUUAAAGGAAUGGACGAAUUUUAAAAUUGGCAGUAUGGAGGAUCAGGAUUCGUCUGGUGAAAAUGGUGUCAGCUCUAAUUGGUGGGUUCUUGGAUCACAGGGCAAUGAAUUGUCAACUUCCAAUGAUGAAUCAACGUUACAAACGUUAUCGAAUAUUACCUUAUCCUCAACUAAUACCGGAAGUCGUGCUCAAUCACCAGACAAUCAAGGUGAAAAACACUGUACAACAGGAGAAGAGAAAAAGUGUGAAGAAGACAAAAAUAGAAAAUCAAAUGAAGAAGAAAAUAAUAGAAAGUCAAAUGAAGAUCAAAGAGGAGAAGACAACGAAGAGGAAAACGUCAAACAAGAACGUCAAGCAGAACAUAAGGAACAUCAAGAACAACAAGAGCAUCAAGAAAACGAAGAGUGCAGCGGAAAAAAAGAAGAAAAACAAACACGAAGAGUCCUCCGAACAAGAGGAGUGUCUUCAUACACAGAACAAUUGUACCCCUUUUAUGAGAUCGAUGAGAGCGAGUUGGAUGAAUGGACCUACUUUAAGACCAUCAAUACGCCUCCCAGCACACAGAUCAGUACAUCCACUCCUAACACUUCUUCGAAAAACAGAAACAACAACGAUUGGUCAGAGAAAGAGGAUUCAGACCAAGAUUGGAUAUUACCAAGCUCUCGCAAAAGGAAAAAUAAACGUUCGUCCAAUUAUAAAAAACUGAAAUCUUUGCAAAUUAAAAAUCUGAAUAAUAAAAUAAAAGAUAUAGAUGAACAAGGGACAUCAAAUAGUAAUAACCAGGAUAAUAACCAAGAUAAUAAUCAAGAUAAUAACCAAGAUAAUAAUAAGGAUAAUCCUAAUACAAAAGGAAAAGAAAAGAGAUCAGGAAAGAUUUUGAAAAUACCAUCUGGUAUUUUAAAGAAUUGGUCUAAAAAAUCACAAUUGAAUUCGAAGAAAAUAAUAUAUCCUCAAAUACAAGAAAAUUCAGUACGGACUGUAUCUUCUGUAGAAGCAGCUAAUAUUGGAUAUACAGAUAGCAUACAUUCCGAGUUAAAUAUUAAAGACGAGACACCAAUUGUAGAUUCAUUAUCAAAUCAAUGUAAAACUAAUUAUAAUACUGUACCUGAAAUAAGUUAUCUCGUACAACCAAAUCCAACAUUGAUCGGUGUCUCUCAACAAAAUACUUACGUUCAAGCAAAUUCAAUUAUUCCAAAUAUCGUACCUACCUUACAACAAAAUUAUUAUAUGCAAGAAACGCAACCAGAUUAUCUUCUUUACAAUCAACAACCUAAUUUUGUUCCAAUACAACAAGUACCUUGUAUAGUAACGUCACAACAAAUAGUAAAUCAUCCAUCGUAUAUUUUAAGCACGGCGAAAACGAACACGAAUGCACAAUCAAUGAAUAAAAAGACCAAUGAAGUUAUUAUAAUAAAAAAAAAGAAGAAAGAAUCACCUUUGCAAACCGAUCAGUAUAGUAUUACAAGAUCUAAUGCCGCCAUGACGCCGCAAUCUUCUUCAAGCUCAACAUCGCCGAAAAGAAAGAUUAAGAAAAAUGUAGAUACGAAUAAACCGAAAAAAAAGACGUCGCUGAUAAUAUUAAGUAGUGAUGAUGAAAUUGAAAUUCUCGAUGAGAAAAUAGAUAAUGAAAAUAAUUCCAAAAACAAGACAAAAUCGAAACCGGAAACUGAAACUGUUCAAAAUGAUAUUGACAGUGCUUUAAAAAAUAUCAUUCCUGAUGAAUUUAUGCAACGGAUAAAUCAAGGUUGCAUUUCGAUAACGCCAAUUAAACCACCAGUACAGACGCAAAUCACCCCAACGCAAUUGGUUGUUGUUGUCAAUGAAACUGGAAAUUAUUAUGCCUUAGCAUUACCUAAUGGAAGCAAACUUAUCCUCACACCUGAACAAGUAGCACAAAUUAGAGCUUCCAAUGGUGGAAAGCUUGUUUUGUAAAAGAAAGACUAUUAUUAUUAUUAUAUUAAUAUAAAUACUAUUUAGUAUAUUAGCACAUUUGUACUUUAUACUAAAGAUUUAUAUUUUGCAUUUAAUAUUAAUAAUAUCUGCAAAAUUUAUUCUU